AGUCUGUUUUGGAUAUCGUAAGGAAGCGGGAGAGAUUGUUGGCUGAAAUGAAAAAUUAAAUGAACUCAGUCAUUACUGUGUCACUUUCUGAAGUUCGCAGCAAUGUGCAAUGCGCCAUUUGUUUAGGCGUAUUGAAGAGCACAAGGGCUGUAAUGGGAUGCUUACACCGCUUUUGCAAAGAAUGCAUAGACAAAUCUAUGAGGCUGGGGAACAAGGAAUGCCCUGCUUGCCGUAAGCACUGUGCAAGCCGUCGCUCUUUGAGAGAUGAUUUAGUCUUCGAUAAAAUAAUUGGCUCUCUGUUUCCAGAUUUGGAAAAGUAUGAGAAAGAGGAAUUGGUUCUGUAUGAAAAGGAGAAGGAAGUUAAUGUGAAGCUUCAAGCAUCAAUUAACGGAUGCCACCAACGACAAGCAGAAGGUAGAAAGCCGCGUAAGGGUAAGGUAGCAGCAGCAAGAGUGGAUCGAGAAUGUUCUAGGCAGAGUGGCUCGAAAUUAAAGUUUGGUGGUCCGAGCAAUGGAGGGACGAGUGGGAUGAUCUACAAAGAUGAUCAUCAUCAGCCUCCUGUCUCUGCAAUCCCAUCUCCUUGCAUAGUUGCUGAUCAAGUAGGUGCAGAGGGCGCCUCGUCUCCAGCAAAAACAAACUUGCCCGGCUGGGGUGGAGCCGGCUUCAGAAGCCAGGCUCGACGUGCUGCAACUGGCAAAGGCACGCAGAGCAGCAGAGUGGAGAGACUGGCAGAACAUCUAGCAAAUGUGGAGAAGAGUGAUAACAAGCAUGUUGUGACUACACACCUCCAAAGUGACAAACUUAUAUGGCUCAAAGAUUGCAACGAUUCUGCGUUGGCCGAUGUUGAGCUAAUUGACAAGGCUGAGGCGAAGGCGCGGGCCAACGAGAAGGCGAAGGCGCCACAUAUAUCAGUCUGUUUUGGAUAUCAUAAGGAAGCAGGAGAGAUUGUUGGCUGAAAUGAAAAAUUAAAUGAACUUGUAAGAAAAAUUACAACGAAUUUGUAUUACAAUUGUCUGUUUGUUUUUAAUCUCUAGAGUGAUACUUACAUACU